AAGAGAACCCAUUCUCCCCACUUUCUCAUAAAAACUCUUUUCCUCGAAGAACCCUCGCACUUCAGACAUUCUCUCUCUCUCUCCCCCUCCCCCUCUCUCUCUCUACUGAUACAUACAAGACUGAGUAUAACAGGGACGGUACUCUGUUCCACAGAUUCAAGCUGGCGAUCGAAAACCAGGAGACCACUGUCCGAGAAAUCAGGCCCAAGAACCGCAGAAUCAUGGGUGCGGGGGGUCCUGAAGAUGACGACAACAGGUGGCCGCCAUGGCUGAAGCCUCUGCUGAGUGAGAGCUUCUUCGUGCAGUGUAAGAUUCACGCGGACUCCCACAAGAGCGAAUGCAAUAUGUACUGCUUGGACUGCAUGAACGGUGCUCUCUGCUCUCUCUGUCUCGCCCACCACAAGGAUCACCGCGCCAUUCAGAUAAGGCGGUCGUCGUACCACGAUGUGAUAAGGGUGUCGGAGAUACAGAAAGUGCUGGACAUAAGCGGAGUCCAGACCUACAUUAUAAACAGUGCGAGGGUUGUGUUCUUGAACGAGCGGCCACAGCCUAGGCCCGGAAAGGGCGUCACCAAUACCUGUGAGGUCUGCGAGCGCAGCCUCCUCGACUCCUUCCGCUUCUGCUCUCUCGGUUGCAAGAUUGUGGGGACAUCGAACAAUUUUGUGAGGAAAGCUAAGGUGAUGAAGCAGCAGCGGUCGGCCCCGACAAUGGGGUCUGACUCAGAGGAUUCAUACAGCAGCAGCAGCAGCCGUGGCCAGGGCCGCCACAGGAGCACCAAGAUCCACAGCUUCACUCCCUCCACGCCCCCUCCCAGCUCCACCAGUUACCGCAUUGCCAAGCGGAGGAAGGGGAUCCCCCACCGGGCCCCAAUGGGCGGUCUAAUCAUAGAAUACUGAUAACGUAACUGUUAUGAAGGCCUUACAUACACUGCUCAUGACAGGAUAAAACACCAGUGUGCGAUCGAACUACAGUUCUCUCUCGUAUCUCCUUUUAUGAGAUCCAAUCCUGUACCCGAGCUUCGAUGGGUCUGAGGCCGGUACGAGGUUUAAAGGACUUGCAUGUGUAUAUAGAAGCAUAAUAGAAGGAAGGGGGUUGGAAGUGAAACCAUUGGCGGAGUUCAAAUGGUAAUAAUCAAUAUGGUCCUCCUAGUGGAAGAACAUCGGGAAAAGGAGAGAGCCCGAAUUACGUAGAGUUGAUCAUACGUAAGUUUUGGGGAUAGUUUGUUUCCGAGCUUUGUCUAUGCAAAAUGUACAUACUGUUUUGUGGGGAUACAAAAGCACGUGACAGCGUGUUAGCUUAGUCGGUAAAAACCUCGUUAUGUAUGCCCCUCGGCCCCGAGGGACCUUGUGUAUAUGUGGGAAUGGAAUAAAAAGGGAGGCUCUUGUUAUCGUACUA